AUGAACGCCUGUCUCGGUGGAAUCUGGCUCUGGCUCCCUCUGCUCUUGACCUGGCUCAGCCCUGAGGUCAGCUCUUCAUGGUGGUACAUGAGAGCUACAGGUGGCUCCUCUAGGGUGAUGUGUGACAAUGUGCCAGGCCUGGUGAGCCGCCAGCGGCAGCUGUGCCACCGACACCCGGACGUGAUGCGUGCCAUCGGCCUGGGCGUGGCCGAGUGGACGGCAGAGUGCCAGCACCAGUUCCGCCAGCACCGCUGGAACUGCAACACCCUGGACAGGGAUCACAGCCUCUUCGGCAGGGUCCUGCUUCGAAGUAGCCGGGAAUCUGCCUUUGUUUACGCCAUCUCCUCAGCUGGAGUUGUAUUUGCCAUCACCAGGGCCUGUAGCCAAGGAGAAUUAAAAUCCUGUUCCUGUGACCCAAAGAAGAAGGGAACCGCCAAGGACAGCAAGGGCACUUUCGACUGGGGUGGCUGCAGUGAUAACAUUGACUAUGGGAUCAAGUUUGCCCGAGCCUUUGUGGACGCCAAGGAAAGGAAAGGAAAGGAUGCCAGAGCCCUGAUGAAUCUUCACAACAACAGAGCCGGCAGGAAGGCUGUAAAGCGGUUCUUGAAACAGGAGUGCAAGUGUCAUGGCGUGAGCGGCUCAUGUACCUUGAGGACCUGCUGGCUGGCCAUGGCCGACUUCAGAAAAACGGGCGAUUAUCUCUGGAGGAAGUACAACGGAGCCAUCCAAGUUGUCAUGAACCAGGAUGGCACUGGUUUCACUGUGGCUAACAAGAGGUUUAAAAAGCCGACGAAAAAUGACCUCGUGUAUUUUGAGAAUUCUCCAGACUACUGUAUCCGGGACCGGGAUGCAGGCUCCCCGGGUACAGCAGGCCGUGUGUGCAACCUGACUUCCCGAGGCAUGGACAGCUGCGAAGUCAUGUGCUGUGGGAGAGGCUAUGACACCUCCCGCGUCACCCGGAUGACCAAGUGCGAGUGUAAGUUCCACUGGUGCUGUGCUGUGCGCUGCCAGGACUGCCUGGAGGCCCUGGAUGUGCACACGUGCAAGGCCCCGAAGAGCCCCGACUGGGUGGCUCCCACAUGACCCCAGCGGAGGUCACCAUCCACCUUCCCUCCCACAAGGACUCCAUUGGAUCUGCAAGGAUGCUGGGCUCUUGGGUUCCCUCUGGGAGAUGUUUCCUUAGGCACGUGGCCUUUGUCUUUACGGAAGCCUCUUCCCGCUCCCUGGGGGCCCAGGACGGGGCCCACACGCUGCACAUUAAGCAUGCCCUAUUUUCUCCGACUGCCGGCAUCCUGAGGCACGUCUCUUCC